GCAGUCUUGAUAACACGUCAAAAUGUUCAAAAUUGCAAUUUUUCUCGUUUUUGCACUCAGUUUUGCUGUCGCCGAUGAGUGCACAUCAUCAGCUGAUACCUUAGUUGUCAAACGUAGGCCACGCACGUUCGGAAAAUAUCUCGGUUGCUUCGAAGAUCGCGAGGAAAAUCGAAAUUUCAAAGGAUACAUCCAAAAAUCGCACAAUAACACGAUCGAAAAUUGCUGUGAAGUGUGUCGCAAAGGAGGUUUUGUCUAUGCCGGCACAGCUGCCAUUUGGUGCGUUUGUGGCAACAAGUAUCCGGAGGAAACAACAAACGCGAAACUCGGAGAAGAACGUUGCUCGGACAAGUGUUCGGGAAAUUCUGAACAAAAUUGCGGCGGAAAUUACGUUUUUAGCGUUUUUGAGACGGGAAAUGAACAAUACACAUUCGACAAAGAAGGAAAUGAAAUCGGAGAAAGCUUCCUCGCUGCUUCCCCUUAUGACUUUUGGGGACAUUUCAAGCCAGAAGGAAGUCAAAAUGGAUGGCAUGACGACUAAACAUGACUUUAUUUUGCUUUAAUUCCCAACAAAAAAGCAUAACGACAAUUAUUAAAUAAAUAUUAUUACAAAAUUGCAACAAUGUCAUAAUAAAAUUAUGAAUUUUUUCAGUU